AUCUGUGGCCGGAAAAUGGCGUCCCGUAGUCGGCGAGCUGUGCUAUCGCUGACGACGCGCUUCUGCCUGCCUCAUGAGGGCAUGACAGCGCUCGACUACCUCAGCAGUGGUUCGGCCGUCGUAUUGCACGACUCCACAAGCCCCUCGCUGGCUGUCGUCACGUGCCAGCACGUGGCGUGUCCCUGGCUGUUUCCCAAGUACUUCACAGCCACAUGGGACUGGUUGCAGUUUGUGAACGAGGACCACGUGCGUCAUUCACUCCAGCUUCUAGCUGUAGACGACUCUAAUUCCAGGCCGGAGGUGCUGCUGGAACUGCCAUUGGCUGCUCAGGUGCACACACACGAGAGCCGCGACCUAGCGCUGUUGACUCUGAAAGAUUCAGCUGCUCUUGGGAGCUGGCAACAGGUAGAACAGGAGCUCGGAGUACAGACGCUGACGCUGCAGCAGCCGCCAUGCGAACGCGGAGACGCCGUCGUCUUCUUAGGCCACAAACAACUAGUAAGUGGGGAGGAAGAGGAAGGCUACCAGAUCCCCAAGGCCGUAACGGGACACUUCGUCGGACGCAGUUCCAGUGGACAGGAGUUCGCGUGGAGUCAGGAACUACUGGAGGAAGGAAUGUGCGGCGGAGCAGUAGUCGGAGCUGCGAGUCAGUGCGUGGGCGUCGUAGAGGGAAUCGUCCCCACCAUUGUACAGGGAGAUGAUGAACCCGAGAAACAUGACAGAGAGGCCCAUGCGGCGUGGCAGAUGCGGCAGGCACUGGCAGGUCACGUAGCUUUCAUCCCAGCGAGUGACGUGAGGAAGUUUAUCGAGGAACCAGAUGACUUGUUGCUCACUGGAAUGGAGAUACCACCGCAUAUUUGAGUUUAAUGGAGGUGGUUCGAGCACUAGAGUUAGAUAAAGGCCUGAACUACCUGAUUGAUGCAAGGAUGUAGACGCGUUCUGAGUAUAAGGUAAUGUCUGUGCUAACGAUAACGCCUAUGUGACAGCUCUCUUGUUGGCGAAGGCGGAACAGGCGACAGCGAGUGCCUGGAUGGGGGCCAGAGGCGCCGCGUAGUCCAACGAGAAGCGGGUUUUCGACACUUUGCCGAACCGUAGCGCUGUGCUCUCCUCCUCGUCGCCGUGUUCAUUGGUUUCAUGCCCGACCAGCAGGAAAUUCUUCUUGGAAGCGACUUUCACGCGCCCCUGGAAGUUCAGAGUCCACGCUCCAAGUUCCUCAUUCCACGAAGGCUGCUUGGUAUCGAAGACAAGCAGGUCUUUCUCGUGCUCCUCCUGCUCCACUGCGCCGUACGAGAUCUGCCCCAUGGAGGCUGUGCGCUCUCCUCUCAGUCGAGCCUGCUUGACACGCAUGGAGCGUGAGUGGCCUUCAACGUCGUCGUCGUCCAGCCAGCUUAGAGCUCCGUCUGUAGCCAUCUCGAGGCGCAAGUCAAGAUCGUCCAGUGUAAUGCUCCUCAGCCGCUCAGUUAGCGACAUGCCGCGCGAUUGCUGCUGGCGAUUGAAUCGAUCCGAGAGACUGGAAUUGCGACCAAAUUGUGCCUUAUGGGUAUUGAAGACGGCGCCGUCGCUGCCCAUUCCAGACCGUUGUUGACGCAGAGAUACUAGCUUGUUAAGCGCUUCCAGCUCGUCCUCAACUUGCUCGUUGACAGGCUUCGACACCACGCAUUUCAGCGAAUUGGGGACACGACCAAGAACGUUUGCAGUGUAAACCAGGAACGCAAGUUCAUUGUCGUGAUUGGUGCCGGUGUGGUGGUCGAACAACGUGAACUCCGUGCCCAGGAAGCUUGGCUCCAGACGACCCAAAUACACAGCAGAGUCCUCACUUUGCGGGAGUUCACGCAUCGUUCGUAGAUGGGAGUCUCGCAGGGUGUGGAAGAUAAACGGCCCCGUGCCGUCACUUGCACAGGACGCAGCAAGCAAGAACUCUCCUGUCUCUUCACGAUGGAAAUUCAAGGCAGUGACAAAUUCUCCUCGUAGUCGCUCAAUACAUCCAAGCACCAACUCGUGGGGACUCGCGCCUUCCUUGACUUGUGGAGGUCGAUAGAACCGCUGUUUGUGUUGGUGGAUGAAUGCUCUCGCCUGUACCACAUCCUUGUCGCUCGCGUAGAUGCUCAAGUCGCCAGCAGCUUCGAGGGAUUUAAAGUGAAGAGUGUGACGAGAUUUCCCUGCUCGACGAAGAGCUUCGAGCGUUUCCUGGAAGUUCAUCUCGAGACACGAUUCACCGUUGAUAGCAGUGAGAACGUCGCCAGUGCGAAUCAUACCGCAGCGUUUAGCUGGUCCCUCGUCGCCGGCUGCGUUGAUAGCACGGAAUCCUUUAACUACGGCUUGACGUCCGUACCAAUCCGUCUCGAGAUCCAGCCCCACCGGACCUUGAUCAAACGUGACGUCGUACGAAUCGUAGGUUCGUUUUGGUGCUGGGUUUGGACUAGAAUUGCGUGCUGUUGGACUUCCAAGCAAGAGCAGUCGGUCUAGUAGUAUACCUGCGAAACC